UUCUAUUAUUUAUUUCAGACGACUGGGACUCUUAAGGCAGUCAACUUAUAAAUAAAACAGUCAAUGAACGUGGGGUUUAGUCGUACCGAAUUAUCCGUAGAACUCAGCUGAAAAUUGCUGAAAAUUUAGUACGUUUCAAACCUUAAUAGAACUAUGCUAGUGAACAUUUAAAGAAGGGAUAAAUAUAUAAACAGUCGACAAAAUGCCCGAAAAAACUGCAGGAAUUCAGUGUUGUCAAAGCAGUGGUUCGUUGGGAUCGGAAGUGAUGGAGGAACCGGUGAAUUUUGACAAUGGAAUCAGCUACGAAAAAGACGUUUUGGCACCGCUUAACAACAAUGUGAUCAUCCCUGUGAGCCAGAAGAGUCACUAUGUUUUUCCGAAACGUCAGAGGGUGGACUUGGAAUUUUCCGAUUUGACUUUCACCAGCUCUAGCUGGUCUAUGACCAAAUUUCAAAAAGAAAAUAAAAAAAUUCUUCAUGGAAUUUCGGGGACAUUCAAGUCAGGGGAGCUGUCGGUAAUAAUGGGACCAUCAGGAGCAGGAAAAAGCACUCUGUUGAACAUUCUAGCAGGAUUCACCACAAGAGGAAGUACGGGAACCGUGAAACUCAACGGCACAACACGAAACCAAAGCCAACGGUUCAGAAAACUAUCGGCCUACAUUCCGCAAGACGAAGAGUUGCGCCUAGGAUUGACCGUCAUGGAGGCCAUGAUUUUCGCCGCCAAUUUGAAACUGGGUUACUCCGUCUCUCAUCAGUACAAGAAACAACAGGUCGUGGAAAUAUUAGGGCUAUUGGGUCUAGAUCAAAGUCAUCACACUCUCACUUCUCGACUAUCCGGAGGCCAGCGCAAGAGGUUGGCCGUUGCACUCGAGCUGUUAAGUAACCCGCCUAUUUUGUUCUUGGAUGAACCAACAACUGGCUUGGAUAGUUCAUCUUGCAGUCAAUGCCUUUACCUCUUCAAGCGAUUAGCUCAGGAAGGCCGCACUAUCGUAUGCACGAUUCAUCAGCCAUCGGCUUUGCUGUUUGAAAUGUUUGACAAGCUGUAUGCUCUCUCAGCAGGAAAAUGUAUUUACGACGGGCCAAGCACUCAGUUGGUUCCUUAUUUCAAUAACUUCAAUGUGAAGUGCCCUCCCUACCAUAACCCAGCAGAUUUUCUCAUGGAGGUAGCAAUGGGAGACCAUGGAGUUGAUUUGAACCAAUUGGCUGCAGCAGUGCAACAGCAACAACUCAUAGAACGAACCAAUCCGACCAAAGACAAAGACUUGCCUCUGAAAGACGUACCAAUGAUCCUUAACAGUGACACGCCUUCAAUCUCUCCUGCGCCAGUGAUAAUGCAGUUUUUCCUUCUAUAUAAACGGAACCUUUUGCAGACUAGGAGAAAUUGGUUGUAUCCAUUGAAUCGACUUCUAGCUCAUAUUGUGAUAGGUUUCAUUUUCGGCUAUUUAUACCGAGGAGUGGGAGCAAACGCCAAUCAAAUUCUAGCCAAUUAUGUGUACCUCUAUGGCACCAUGUUACUCAACGUUUAUACUGGGAAAAUGUCGGUUACCUUAUCAUUUCCUCUGGAGAUGAAAAUUCUUACAAGAGAACACUUCAAUCGAUGGUACAAGCUGUCUCCAUACCUCAUGUCUGUGAUAUUAAUUGAAAUACCUUUUCAGGUUCUCUGCACGUGGACUUAUAUAGUGAUUUCCUACUGGCUGACUAGUCAACCUUUGGACUAUCGGGCGUAUCUUUUUGUUCUUUUUGUCACCAUUGGAACAUUAUGCGCACAAUCGAUGGGCUACUUCAUCGGAGCUACCACCAGUACAAAGAUUGCCGUUUUUAUCGGCCCAGUGCUGGCGUGCUGUUUCUCUAUUUUUGGCUUCUGCUUGAAACGCUCCGAUACUCCAGCCGUCUUUCAAUGGUUGUUCACAGUUAGCUACUUCCGAGCGGCUUUCCAUGGAGUUGUGGUAUCAGUCUAUGGAUUCAACAGGAAAGAUCUCUACUGUCCUGAAGAGGAACUCUACUGCCACUACGCUGAUCCUUCGAAAUUCUUAAAGGAAAUGGAUAUUGUUAAUAUCGAUCUUGUGUCGAAUAUAUCCAUGGUGCUGUUUAUCUGGUGUCUGAUGCAUACGGCUACUUAUCUAACACUGUGGUUGAAAUUGAAUAAAAGAUAGAAUACCUUGUUGGAACCGAAGAGAGUCCUAAAAUAUGUCGUUUAGUUGUCGCCGUGUACGGUUGGGCUGUGAUAGUUUAGGACUUUUUGCCAGUAACACUUUUAGAGCAAGCUGGCCUUGACUGGAUUUAUGGAUAAAAUUCCCAGAAACCGAAUAAAUCAAAAUGAAGCUUGAUAUGACAUUUUUCUGCUGGAGUUCCAGUUGGUCCGUCGGCCAGAUACAUAUACGCAUAGUUAGCUGAAUUGUGUUUUAUUGCACGUUAUUUUAUUGACGUAUUAAAUGUUCUGUAUUAGCUGGUUAUGCAACGUUUAAUCUUUAUAGAUCCUCCACUGCGAGUUGGUAUGGAGUUUCUUCCAAAAUUUGGUAUUCUUGUUUACUGUUAAUGAUUAGGUGUAAGGAAUUUAGUCUAAGAAAAAUUGUAUUUUUAAAUAUUUAUAUUAGAUUGUUUUUAAAUAAAAGUCAACAGUUCAAAAUAUGUGCAUUUUGAAUUGUUGGACACCAAAAGCAGUGCUGAUUGUUCAAGGUUUUUGGCUAAUUUUUUUCUUAAACGUUAGUGUAUUGUUUUUUAAUAGACCACUGAUUAAAUUACCUUUAAAAAUUGAAA